UGUAUAAUAAUACAUUUUUUAUAGUAUCAAAGGCAGAUGUUUUAAUUACAGAACUUGUAUUAUUUAAGUUAUUUAUUAAACAAGUGUAGAGAAAGUGAUUUUAUUUUGAUUGAAUUUGUGAAUGAAGAAAGGAACAAUGUUGUUUUAACGACUGUGAAGACAGAUCGAUAGAUCGACAUGAAGGGUGAGGUAUUCCCGAAGGGGGGGAAUGUCGAAAUAGAACAGGUCCAGUUCCCAGUGUUCGGGUACGUGUACCUGGUCCUCACGGUGCUGAUACAGUUCGUCUGGGGCGGCAUGAAGGCAGCCAAGAUCCUCUUAUUGGUGGAUGAACUUCAGUUCAGCGAGAACGAAGCGGUUAUCAUCAUCCACUUGCAGGCUUCGCUGAUGGACUUGGUAAUGUGCGUCGGUAACAUCUUAGCGAACCUCUACUGCGGUCCGUACUUCACCUGCGUCUUACAGGAUCUCUUAAAGGCACUCUUCACCUGCCCGGUGUGCACGCUAUCGACGAUGGGAAUCAUGGAUCUCAGUAGCCGGAGGUACUUGUAUGUAUCUGGACAGGUCCUGGGAAUCUUCACAGCCUUCGGAAACAGUUGCGUGGCUACUUUCCUCGCUAAUCAGUUCGACACGGAUAACUACGUCAAGUUCAACAGGGCUAUGCUCGUCUUGACCUUGGUCUGCUCGGCGAUAGGUAUAUUCACCAUACCACAUUUGAUCCAAUAUUAUCAAUGCUUUUGGACGGAAACUUGUUACUCAAUGGUGUGGAUAUGCGAGUGGGCCUUGUGUAUAACCACAUUAUUGGUUUUUUUGAUUUUAUAUAAGAAAUUGCAACAUAAAAGGCCUAAAUACAGUAUAAAUUACAUGCUGUUGAAACUUACACGCGAUGCGUCUAAAAAGAAGCAACGAGAGGCGAAAUCGGGAACGGUGCGUGAUAGACCACUAUUGGAGUAUUCAGAUCUGUACUCGCCCCAGUUCAGGAGGGACGCUCAAAAGAUCCUGUCCAUGUGGACUUUUUAUUUACCAUUGGCUGGUUACUGGGCCCUCCAUUCCCAACAGGCGACUACUUGGAUCCUUCAGGCCAAGAGGUUAGACGGGAAUCUCUUUGGCUGGUCCACCGUCUUGCCGAACGAGCUGUGGGGUCUGAUACCGCUUACAGGAAUAGUAGUGCGUAUGAUGGUUCAAACGUUUAAGGAAGACACCAAGUACCCCCUGAGGAUGACUGUGGUAUCUCAGCUGAUAAUGGGCAUUGCCUUCCUGUUAGCCGCCAUAUUGGAAAAAUACAUCAUGGACGCAGAGGAUUAUAAAGUGCACAUGGUCUGGGCACUCCCCCAGCUCCUCCUAGUCUCCAUCUCGGAUAUCAUCCUCGUUUCAUCGUACCGCAAAUUCAUAAUUCGGGAAGUUCCCCCAAAUUUCCGAGGAGUCACCCAGACUCUUUUCGUCUUGUCAAGGUGCCUCGGCAACGCCAUCGUCGUUCUCGUAAACUUAAUGGAGAUGCAUACAGGAUUUCCUAAUCGUCUGGGACAAUUCAUCAUCUAUGCCAGCGUCCUAAACGUAUUUCUAAUCAUGUUUACAGUGCUCAACAGAAAAUUUGAACGCCUCCUCCGGAGGGAAAGAGAUUCUAUAAUCAGGUCGUCCACAAGUAACUAACUUGAGUCAUAUUACACAUUAAACUUCAUACUUUGACCGAAUUUGUGGAGAUACAAUGAACGAUUUAGACAUGAAUAUAGUGACUACCAGCAUCGAGCGUUGCUGUCACUUGAUGGUUACAUUGAAAAAUGAAUUAUGAUGAAAUAGUAAAGGAAUAUCUCUUGUACAUAUGAUUGAAUUAUUUAAUAUAAUAAAGUUUCAUACCAAACUAACUUUAUUUUACAUUUCCAAG